AUGAGUCUGAAAACUAUUCACACUUCCACUACAGAGAUAGCUAGGGCGAUUAACCGGGAAAUAGAUCCUGCAACAUUACCAAUUGCACAUAUCGAGGAUGAGGAGCAUUAUUUCUUGACUAAUCCAAGACCACCAUACUUGGAUGAGUUAUUGUUGCAGGCGCAAGAGUUUGUGGAUUUUCAACGUUCCAUGGGGCGUAAGCGAGUGGUUCUUGUUACGUCGGGUGGAACUACUGUGCCAUUGGAGAACAAUACUGUGCGGUUUAUUGAUAACUUUUCUGCGGGUACUCGUGGGGCGUCUAGUGCUGAGGAGUUUUUAUCCAAUGGAUAUUCGGUGAUAUUCUUGUACAGAGAGUUUUCUUUAACGCCUUUUAAUAAGUCCUUCACUCAUGAUGCAGAGGUGGUUUUCUUGGAUUAUUUUGAUCAAGAUGGGAAUGUUAAUGAGAAAUAUCGCGAUCGAAUUUUGAAAAACAAGCAGCUGUAUGAUCGGUACCGGCAUAAGGAGAGGAGGUUACUUUUGCUUCCGUUUACUAGUGUUAAUCAGUAUUUAUGGUCUUUGAAGGAAAUUGCAAAGUUGCUCAACAAUGAUGGUGGGUUAUUCUACUUGGCAGCAGCGGUGUCAGAUUUUUUCGUGCCGCACUCCAGAAUGCCUGAGCAUAAAAUCCAGUCUCAAGAAAGUAACCGGCAUCUCAAUCAUAGGGUGGAUGAUAGUAGUAGUACUACCAGUAAUGGGAAGCUUAUAGUGAAUUUGGACCCUGUUCCAAAGUUUUUACGUAGACUAGUGGACUCGUGGGCCUCACAGGCGAUGAUAGUCUCGUUUAAGUUGGAGACAGACAGUGGGAUUCUCAUUAAAAAGGCUACACAGGCCUUAGAACGUUACAGUCACCAGUUGGUAAUCGGGAACUUAUUGCAGACUAGAAACAAAGAGGUUGUGUUUAUUUCCGAAGAGAACCGGGAAGGAGAUUGGAUCCGAUUGAAUAGCUCUGUCUCAUGUAUAGAGCAGCUGAUAAUACUAGAGGUGAUUAAUCGCCAUGAUCAAUGGAUAAAAUUCCAGCAACGUAGGGCAGAAAAGCUGAACAAAUAG